AGUUGCUGGGAAACCACAGUUAUGAGUUUUCUAACUCUCAGCUUCCUCUAGUCUCGCCUGAACAUGCUCCUGGUCGCUGAUGUUUUCAUCGUGGAUUUUUACCUUCUGCUUUUACUGGACUUUGGUUCGCGGUGGCCUCCAUCUGAUUGGUUCGUCUCAGCCAAUCGUAGCUGCUCCUGGAGAUGACGUCGUCCUCCCGUGUCGGGUGGAUCCUGAGUGGGAGGCCGUGGGGAAGACGGUGGAGUGGUCCCGACCGGACCUGAGGCCGUCCGGCCCUCAGAAGCGUGUGGAGUACGUGUUCGUGUACCGCUUCAGGAAGACGGACCGAGACAUGAUGAUGGACACGUACAUCCAGAGGACGUCUCUGUCCCAGGACGGCCUGAGGCGAGGAGACGUGUCUCUGACCAUCAGGAACGUCAGCCUGCAGGACCACGGCAGGUUCCGAUGUUUCAUCCCACGCCUCAGGAUAGAAGCACAACUUCUGCUUGUUGUUGAUCCAAACUUUGUUUCAACAACGACAACAGAGUCGGUUCAUCCCAGAAACCUCAUCAGUCCGACGCCACAGGAGGAAACCGUGACGAACGGUCAUUUUACCAGAUUCCAUCUUUGCCUAAUUGUUUUUUCAUUCGUCAUCAUUUGUCUGGGUCCGGUUUCCUUUUGCGUCGCAAGGAAAUCCAAACAAAUACAGGAAGUCAAAUUUGGACCAGUCUCCAUGGAGACAUGAGGGAAUUUGACAGAAGUGAAAUUUGACUCAGAAGUCAAAUUUCAUAAUAUAUUUUUAUGGAGAGAAUAUAUUACUUUCAUGGAGAAUAUAUUGAAAGUAAUAUAUUUUUUACGCAUUUUUUUAGACUGUCACUACGUGUUAUGAGACAUGUAAUCUGUAAAAAAGAAAAAAGCUCCUCUGCUUUCUCCCAGUGAUAACUUGAAACAACAAUCAUUGCCAGGAGGCGGGUCUUAGCGCUGUCAAUCACCCUCCUUGCUUUCUGAGUUGAGAACUAAACAUUUUGUUUUAAUAUUAACUAAUUUUAUUAUUUCGCAAGUAAAGGCCUCAGUACUUCCUGUCUGCUGGUCAGAAGGUUGGUCGCUCUGUCACAAGUCGGCCAUGUGUUGAUGCUGAUGGCAGGAACUUCCUUCCUCCAGAGGUCAGCAGGUCAGGACUGCAAGUCGCCUCAUCAUCACUGCGUCUCCAUCUGGAGCUGUUCUGCCUGGAGACGAACUUAUAAUAAUGUUUAGUCAAUAUGACUGCGCAUGUUGUACAUUUCAGGUUUCUGUUAUUAUUUACUCCAAGAAACAGUGAACUAAUUUAUUUUAUUAUUGUUUUUAGUUGCUCUGGUUCCGUUUUCAGUUAAAUUUAUUCUGGGAAUUAGUUUUUCUUUUCUCUGUUUCAUCAGCAAAUAUUUAAGUAGUUUGACUCUAGAUGGAAACAUUUCAUUCAGAUUUAAAGCUGAACUCUUUAUUCUGUGGUUUGUUCUUAUUGUUGCUCUUCGUUCAGUUGAAGGCUUUUCAUCGCUCAAACCUUCUGAUCAACACACUGAUCGGUUCUGCAGAGGAACCGGUUCUGUUCACAGACCAGAACCUGAACCUACUUUAGCUUCUUGGAUUCGGAUCAGGAACAAAGUUUGACAUUUGAUUGUUGCAAUUGUUCAAAACUGAAUGAGUGAAAUGUUUACCAAGUAUCACUGUGAUCCGUUUUUUUUUUUUGUUAACGUUUUUCCAGGCCUAAGGCUGCGU